CCCCGGCGUCUUUGCGCUCCGCAGCGGCGCGCCUGGCCGGGCGCCCCCGCCAGUCCUGCCGGAAGAUGGUCAACGACCGGUGGAAGACCAUGGGCGGCGCUUCCCAACUUGAGGACCGGCCGCGUGACAAGCCGCAGCUCUCUCUUCCUGAGUCUGCACGGCGGGCACCCACGUGCGGGGCAGGGCGCGCCGUUAUUGCCUCCAUUUUACAGUGGCCCAGCUGUGGCUACGUGCUGUGCACGGUGCUGCUCUCCCUGGCGGUGCUGCUGGCCGUGGCCGUCACCGGCGCUGUGCUCUUCCUGAACCACACCCACGCGCCAGGCACGGCACCCCCGCCCGUCGUCAGCACCGGGCCGGCAGGUGCCAACAGUGCCCUGGUCACCGUGGAGAGGGCCGAUAGCUCGCGUCUCAGCAUCCUCAUCGACCCGCGCUGCCCCGACCUCACCGACGGCUUCGCCCGCCUGGAGGGCGCCCAGGCGUCCGUGCUGCAGGCACUGGCUGAGCACCGGGCGGAGCCGAGGCUGGCCGGCGAGCAGGAGCGGGAGCGGGAGCUGCUGGACACCCUGGCGGACCAGCUGCCCCGGCUGCUGGCUCGGGCCUCGGAGCUGCAGGCGGAGUGCACCGGGCUUCGGAAGGGCCUCGGCACCCUGGGCCAGGGGCUCAGCGCCCUGCAGAGCGAGCAGGGCCGCCUCAUCCAGCUUCUCUCCGAGAGUCAAGGCCACAUGGCUCACCUGGUGAACUCGGUCAGCGAUGUCCUAGAUGGCCUGCAGAGGGACCGGGGGGUGGGCCGGCCCCACAUCAAAGCUGACCUCCAGAGGGCACCUGCCAGGGGAUUGCGGCCCCGCGGCUGCGCCAACGGGUCUCCGCCCCGCGACUGCCUGGACGUGCUCCUGAGCGGGCAGCAGGAGGAUGGCAUUUACUCCGUCUUCCCCACACAUUACCCAGCCGGCUUCCAGGUCUACUGUGACAUGCGCACGGACGGCGGCGGCUGGACGGUGUUCCAGCGCCGGGAGGACGGCUCCGUGAACUUCUUCCGAGGCUGGGAAGCAUACCGGGAUGGCUUCGGCAAGCUCACGGGGGAGCACUGGCUAGGGCUCAGGAGGAUCCACGCCCUGACCACACAGGCCACGUACGAGCUCCACGUGGACCUGGAGGACUUCGACAACAGCACAGCCUAUGCCCGCUACGGGAGCUUUGGCGUGGGCUUGUUCUCCGUGGACCCCGAGGAAGAUGGGUACCCGCUCACCGUGGCCGACUACUCGGGCACGGCAGGGGACUCCCUCCUGAAGCACGGCGGCAUGAGGUUCACCACCAAGGACCGCGACAGCGACCACUCGGAGAACAACUGUGCCGCCUUCUACCGCGGUGCCUGGUGGUACCGUAACUGCCACACGUCCAACCUCAACGGGCAGUACCUGCGCGGCGCACACGCCUCCUACGCCGACGGCAUCGAGUGGUCCUCCUGGACGGGCUGGCAGUACUCGCUCAAGUUCUCGGAGAUGAAGAUCCGGCCGGUCCGUGAGGACCACUAGAUGGGCGCGGCGCCCGCCCGCCACCUGCGCCGCCCCUGCCCACUCGCCCCUCAUCCCCGGCCCAAC